AUGGUGUCUGCCGAGAGAACGGAAAAGAUAUGUGUCCCAAUGCUCGAUCAAGUGGCAUACAAGCCACGGAAGUUACGGGUCGCCACUAUUGGAGCCGGCUUUUCUGGAUUGAUAUUCGCCCAUAAGCUCCAACAUGAAUGUCCUGACAUGCAGGAAUAUAUCGAACAUGUAAUAUUCGAAGCAAGCGAUGACGUCGGUGGGACGUGGGCGAAGAAUACUUAUCCUGGCGUCCAAUGCGAUGUACCAGCACAUAUAUAUGCUUUCCCUUUCGACCCUAACCCGGAAUGGUCCAAGUUCUACGCAGAUGGUCCAGAGAUUUUGGAGUACGUGCAGAGGACGGCCGAGAAGUGGAACUUGAAGCGAGAUAUUCAGUUCAAUACCGCUGUCAUCGCUCUCGACUGGCUGGAAGACCAGGGGAAGUGGAAGGUCAGGGUACGAAAGGAAGGGCAAGAGGAGAGGGACGAGAUUGUUGAUAUCCUAGUCUCAGCACAAGGCUUUCUGAGUCAAUGGAAGUGGCCCGAUAUUCCUGGUCUACACGACUUUAAGGGACAUCUCGUCCACUCUGCGGCAUGGGAUCAUUCUUACGACUACUCCCACAAGAGAAUUGGAAUCAUCGGAAACGGCUCUUCCGCAAUCCAAAUACUUCCUCAAAUGGCCAAGUUGGCUGGUACCCGAAUCGUCAGCUUUCAAAGAGGCACAACUUGGAUCACACAAAGUCUCGGUGAGAUCUUAGGCGCUAAUCAAGGUGAUCCAGAUCCUGUUGAUCAGCAGGAAAUUGUCAACGGCGAUGUGGGCAUCGAUAUGGAGGACGUCGGUGAGUCCGAUGAAGAAAUCGGCAGUAACUUCAACCCUCGUUAUACCAGGAACGAUAAGCGGCGGUUCAGAAAUCCCGAGAAACACAAGCAGUACCGGAAGAUGCUUCAGCAGGGCAUGAACAAGGGAUUUCGUAUUUUCCGCAAAGGAUCUGCCCAAAAUGCCAGAUCAACCGAAACCACAAUCGCGCGGAUGCGCGCCGCGCUGAACAACAACGAAGACCUCUGUCGACAACUCAUACCGGACUGGACGCUCGGGUGUCGCCGCUUAACUCCCGGCGAAGGAUAUCUGGAGUCCUUUCUCCUUCCGAGCGUGACGCUGGAGAAGUCGCCCAUCGAGCGCAUCACGCCGACGGGCAUCCGGACUCUUGGAAGUGGCCAGGGCCAGGGUGGCCAGGAAUAUGAGUUCGACGUGAUAAUCUGCGCGACGGGCUUCGACGUCUCACAUGUCCCGCACUACCCGGUCACAGGGCGUGAUGGGACGACACUCGCACAGAAAUGGAAGGAUGAACCGGAGAGCUAUUUGAGUCUGGCGGUGCCGGAGUUUCCGAACUAUUUCAUGUUUACGGGCCCCAACGCCACGGUCGGCCACGGCACGCUGAUCACCAGCAUGACCUGGACGGCCGAGUAUAUCGUGAGGUGGCUGCGCAAGAUCGCCGGCGAGGAUGUCAAGAGUGUCGCACCCCGGCAGGAUGCUACGGACGAGUUUGUGCGGCACGGCGACCGGAUUCAUGAUACGCUGACCUGGAGCGCCGGGUGUCGGAGUUGGUACAAGAAGAACCGUGUCGAUGGGCGGGUUACGGCCUGUUGGCCGGGGAGUGCCCUGUUGUACAGGGAGGUCAUCCUCCGUGAGAUCAGGGGCGAGGAUUGGGAUAUAAGCUAUCACAGUGGGAAUCGCUGGAGGGGCGUGCUGGGGAAUGGCAUGACGAGGCUGGAGGAGGAAGCGGAGAAGAGGGAAAUCGAGGGGAAGGGGGAGACGGUGGAUUUGGCUUUUUAUAUUGAGCGGUAG